GCUUGCGCUAUCGGCUACGCCAGUUCUGCCAGACACGGUAAUCGAAGAUCUCGUCGAUUGGAAAUUCUGUCUCGCGCCAUUGUUCCACUAAUCGCGUUCAUUGCUGUACCUUGUAGAGCUUUCGAAUAACGAACCUUUCAGGCGUGGCCAGUGCGUGUCUGUGUACAGACGAUAUACAUCAGUAUUGAAUAGCUGGAAAGCAUGAGUUUUACUAGCGAUAUUUGUUUUAGUUGACAACAAGGUCUUAUCAAUGCUGGGCAUUUUGUAAGACAUUAGGGAAGCAUGUGGACGAAAUGCCAUAUAGAAAUUGUAUGUUCACGUCUGCUGGAUAUAGAGCAGACGAGCUCAUCUAUGAUGUGAAAUAAUCUGAUAGAUCUGAGACAGCACAAGCGCGCAGCGUUACCAAGCUACAAUGUCCACACAUAGAGGUCUAGUAAACAGUGCAAGUGUACAGGAGAGUAUGGACACUGGCGGUCAAGAUGGCGGAGAAUCAGACGAGAAGAAAGUUGAGCUAACGUUGGAAAGAAAGAAAACUGUUCUGCAGGCUGUUCACCAAGACAACCUUCACCUUCCGAAAGUGACCCUGGAAGUUGCCACCCCUGUCCCAGACGCCAUCAAAGAUGUUGAAUUUGUCGAUCACAACGAUGAUGACCAGGACGUUUCAGACGAGGAUGAAGAAGACAGUCUCAGCGAGGACGACCCUGAUGAUGAUAAGGAUGCUCUUGAAGAAGAUAAACCAGAAUCGAAAGGAGAGAAUGAACUUGACGAUGAAGAGAGAACGGAAAUGACGUCAGCAGAGAAACGCGACAUGUACGAAGCUGUUAAAUCUGGAGAUAUUGACUGGCUGGAAGACUGUCUAGAUAAAAGAAACUCUGAUAUCAACAUGACAUGGUUCAAAGAGAACAUGCUGAUGACCGCCAUUAGGAAUGAACAAGAGGAAAUUGCCGAGUUCUUGUUGGACAAUGGGGUAGAUCACAGUUACACUGCAUCUGUCGUGAAUUUGAAAGACACGCCUAAAGGAAAAAUUUUGGAACGUUAUGACGUAACAUGUCGCCAGCUUGCUUACGAUCACGGCAUGCUAGGAAUCGUUGAGAUUAUAGACAUUCUUCAAGGAAACUUGUUCCCUUUCAUUCGCCCAAAUCCUAGAAUUCCUCGCCUAAGGCGCCCAAAGCCACCCACGCCCUCAUGCUCAGAGGGCAGCGGGAGCAGCAGCGAGGAUGCCGACGUCAGCAGCGUUGCCGCGGAAGGGGCUGACGAGGAUGAAGAUGAAACCGAAAUAAGGAAGCAUAGGAAAAGGCGGCGAAGGAGAAAGAAGAGCGGAGUCAAAGGUGAAGAUGUCAAUGUCGUUAUCGACUCUAAUGAAGACGAAGCUGCAGCAAACGUAAGCGAGUAUAAUGUUGAACAUUCAACUUCAAACGAGUCAGCAGAAAAGUGCAAAGAAAAACCUUCAAAUAUUUUCAAAGAGACAUUGGGCUUUAAGCAGCCAUCAUCAAGUGUAUCCAGCAAAGAAACUGGAUAUUUAAUUUCUCCAAAAGGAAGUUCAGCUGUUGCGAACAAAGAGACUUACUCUGUCACCUUCAAGGAAGAACAGCCCGAAAUAAAGGUUCGUUUAGUCAAACCAAUGACCGGGUCCCCCAGCACAAAAUCUUCCAUGGGCGUCUCCCGAGCUCGAAACAACGUCCGGCGUGUGUCCGCCUUUGGAGGAAAUUCAAGCAUCGAGGAGCAUCCAAUGAAAUGGAGAAAGAUCUCCACAGUUGGCAGCUACUCACGGGAAAGCAAAAACUGGCAUAUCGAGCACAUCCCCGGCCAAGAACACGUUGAAAUCAUCGACCUUCGUCCGACUUCCGCUCUGUCCUCCACCUCAUUCUUGCCUUCUUCCACUCCACUUUACUUGUCCAUGUCAUCGCACAGAAAUUCAUUCGCUUCAGUGACAAGUGAUCAGACCAUCAGACGAACGUCAGAGGAAGUCUUCCCACUGAAAGUGAAACCGGAGAAGCCGUUGCCUAGCUACAUGAAGUCAACUGCCAGUUCACUUACAAAAAAGAGGCUGAAUCCGAGUUUUGUAAAUUCAUAUGGCGCUCUAGACUUUCGUUGACAUUGUGUUUAUCAUGUUACAGGUUGUUUUUUUUUUAAUUUUGAUUUCAAAAGAUUAUUAAAAUAUGCAAAUGAUUA